AUGUCAGUAGAGGACUAUUUUGUAAAGUUCAAUGAGUUGGAGAUGUAUCUUCAUGACUACUUUUCCUGUGAGCGAGAUAGAAUUGAUCAUUUUAUAGAUGGGUUGCAGCAAAUGAUUCAAGAAGCUUUAGUUGUGUUGGAUAUCAGUUCAUUGUAUAAAGCUUACGAGCUUGCUGCUCGAUUCUAUAAGAAGCAGGAAGUCAGACAGAAGAACAAUGAGAAGAAAAUGGAGUAUCAAGAUCAGUUUCGAGAUAAGGGAAAAGCUAAGGUGGAUGAUGAAUCAAAGGGUAAAAGAAAUGGUGGCAAAUAUUCAGUUUCUAGAAAGGGUAUCUUAGGAGAUCCUUCUAAAGUUGCGUCAAUCUCAGAUUGGCCAAGACUUACCAAUCAAUUAGAAGUAAGAAGCUUUUUGGGUUUAGCAGGGUAUUACCGAAGAUUCAUUCUUCAUUUCUCGAAGGUUAUGAAGCCAUUAACUAAUUUGCUGAAGAAGCGCGCAAGGAUUAAUUGGGAUCGUGAGUACUCAAAGAGUUAUUGCUUAUGCGUCACGACAACUAAACCUCACGAAAAGAAUUAUCCUACACAUGAUUUGGAGAUGGCAGCAGUGGUGUUUUCUUUGAAGAUUUCGAGGCUUUAUGGUGCCCACUGUAGAAUGUUUACUGACCAUCAGAGCAAAGCAAAUGUUGUAACUGAUGCCUUGAGUCGAAAACCAAGGCAUAAGUUGGGUUCUAUGUUAGUUGCCGAUGAACUGUGUCAAGAUUUAGCACGGAUAGAAAUUGAAGUAUUUGAACGGGGCAUGACGCGGGGAUAUUUUCAAAUGAUGCAAGUUGAGCCUGAAAUUUAUGAUCACAUUAGAGCGGCUCAAAUGGAAGAUAAUAAGAUGGUCGAGCUGGCUAUAAAAGUUCUGUGCAGUCAGACUCAAAACUUUAAUAUUACUUUAGAUAUUAGUCUUCGAUUCCAUGGGAGGUGGUGUAUCCCAAAGGAUCGAAGCGAUUUCAAGGAGCAAAUUAUGAGUGAGGCUCAUAAUACACCAUUUUCAGUGUAUCUAGGAGGGAUUCAAAUGUAUCAAGACUUACGUCAGCAUUUUUUGUGGAAGGGCAUGAAGAAGAAUGUAGCCAAAUUUGUUGCACAAUGUUUAAACUGCCAAAAGGUGAAAGCAGAACAUCAUAGACUAAUGGGGUUGCUACAACCUUUAGAAGUUCCGCUCUAG